CUUGAAGUCCCAACCCUGUUCAGUCAGUGCUUGGACACUGCUUGGACAAGACGUGUUCUGGAACAAGUGCUACGUAAAGAAGCUUUCUGAUCACUCAACUGUAAAAUUCCUAGCGUAGCUAGACUUUGAACAGUUGAAUCAGACGCUGCCCUGCCGCUGUUCUGAAGUCCUGACGCUCUUCAGUCGCUGUUUGAACACUGCUUGGAUAAGACGUGCACAGGGACGAGUGCUACGUAAAGAAGUUCUUACCUUUUGAAGCCACAGUUAAAAUGUCAGCCCUCGAUGAGUGGAACAGUAAUGAGCAGAGUAAUACGGAGAAUAUACGUACGCAGAAUUAUGUACGAGAUGGAAGCGGACCCUCCACAAGCCAUGAUAAUGGAACCUGGAGAAAUAACAAUGGUGCUCGACCUAGGGGAAACCGUGGAAGGGAUCGCGGACCUAAAACAGAAUGGAAGAAUAAAAACACUACAAAAUCUCGAGGACUUGAGAUAUUGAUAGAUUCCACAAAAGUUGGCAAACUUAUUGGCAGAGGAGGUUGCAAAAUUAAGGAGUUGCAAGACCAGAGUCAUACUAAGAUAAAUGUUGGUAAACCAGUGGACUAUAUAAAUACACCAGUGACUUUGAUUGGCUCUCCGGAAGCACAAGAAAAGGCUAAAGCAUUGAUUGAUGAAUUAUUAACUGACAAACCACCGCCAUCACUGCCACCAAAAGUUAGUCCUCAUUCCACCGCUGACAAUAAUGAUGAAUUUUUAAACUUCGACUGGUCCAAAGCCAGUAGAGACUACGAGGAGUUCCGCAAAGAAAAAUGGGCUAAAUGUCCACCGCUCAUUAAAAAUUUCUACCACGAAGACCCAGUCGUGGCAAAUAUGUCAAAAGGGAAAGCGUCUUAUAUUCGGAAAAUAAACAACAACAUUUCCGUUAGUAAAGUUUUUGAAGAUAUUGACGAAAAUGGUCAGGAAGGCAGUGAUGACCUAACAAUACCAAAUCCCAUCGAAACAUUCGAACAAGCAUUUCAGGAUUACCCAGAAAUCUUGGAAGAGAUACGAAGGCAAGGAUUUGUAAAACCAAGUCCCAUACAAUGUCAAGCAUGGCCUAUCCUUUUAAGUGGCAAGGAUCUUAUAGGAAUUGCUCAGACUGGCACAGGUAAAACACUUGCGUUCUUAUUGCCAGCGCUAAUACACAUCGAGGGACAGACUGUUCCACGAUUAGAACGCAGUGGACCGAACAUUCUUAUAAUUGCUCCAACAAGAGAAUUAGCUCUGCAAAUUGAGCAAGAAGUGCGAAAGUACGAAUAUCGGGGAAUAAAGGCAGUGUGUGUGUACGGAGGUGGAUGUCGGAAGGAUCAGGUCGAUACAAUAGUUCGUGGAGUUGAAAUAAUUAUCGCAACACCUGGAAGAUUAAAUGACUUGGUACAAUCUGGGCAUGUGAAUGUAGCAUCCAUCACUUAUCUCGUACUUGAUGAAGCUGACCGCAUGCUUGACUUAGGCUUUGAACCGCAAAUUAGAAAAGUUCUGUUAGACAUCCGUCCUGAUCGUCAAACUAUUAUGACUAGUGCAACUUGGCCACUUGGAGUCAGACGCCUUGCCCAAUCUUACAUGAAAAACCCGCUCCAAGUUUGUGUUGGAUCGCUAGAUUUAGCAGCUGUGCAUUCUGUAAUGCAAACGGUUCUUGUAGUAGACGAGAGCGAGAAACCAGAAAUGUUAAAUGAUUUUUUCCAUAAUAUGGGCCCUGAGGACAAAGUAAUUGUUUUUAUCGGAAAGAAGUGUCGUGUUGAUGAUUUAGCUAGUGAUUUGGCACUGCAAGGUAUCCUCAGUCAAAGUAUACAUGGUGGCCGUGAGCAGUGCGAUAGAGAGCAGGCGCUUGAUGAUAUCAAAUCCGGCGAGGUUCGAAUUCUACUUGCGACUGACGUUGCCAGCCGCGGUAUAGACAUCGACGACAUAACGCACGUAUUCAACUAUGAUUUUCCACGCGAUAUAGAGGAAUAUGUUCAUAGAGUCGGUAGGACUGGAAGGGCAGGGAAAACAGGACAAAGUAUUACUUUAAUGACCCGAAGUGAUUGGUCACACGCUAAAAAACUUAUUGAAAUCCUUGAGGAAGCUAAUCAGGAUGUACCUGAUGAAGUGCAGAGAAUGGCUAAGCGGCACUUCGCAUGGAAAGAAAGACGGGCACAGGAGAAGCAGCGUGAGCGCUCCGAUGCUGGUAGUAGUCGCAGCGGUGGGGGCAGACGUAACGGCGGUCAAUGAAGAUCGGGCACAGGACGCGAAAAUAGCAGAGGUGGAUUUGACGGUAACAGACGAGGCGGGAACAAAAGUUAAGAAAAUCAAUGGUAGAAUUACCCGCCUUUUUUCCUACCGUUUCUUGAAAGACCGCAGAGUCGAAGCUUCAAUGCGGUGUGUUUGCAGUGUUGCAUGUAUAUAAGAAUAAAAGUAUGAUCUGAGUGCGUACAUAACACACGUGCAUUCGUUCGCUUGGGAUUUUUCUAUUUUUGAUAAAAUUCAGUAUAUAAGAAACGGGAAAUUAUUACCUAUAUCGAGGAAAAUUUCUUCAUUACAGUAUUACCUUAUAUUUGACUAAAUGUUUAUUUCUCAUGAUCUCUUUUUACUAUUAAUUGUUAAUUAUAUUAGCUUUUUCCCUUUGUAAUAACUUCAAACUGCUUAAUCGCAGGGCAUAUGCUUUUGCGCACUUCAAUUCGAUCUGAUCGCUGGUUCGAUGUGGCUUAAAGAACUUAGCAUAAAGGUUUAGUAAAAGUCUUGUAAAGUGUACUGUGAUUCAGAUAUUUCUCGCCUUGGCAAUGUUACUUUUAUACCAUUGUUACUAGAAUUGUCAUUUGUAUUCAUUAUUGACGGCCAGAAACAGAAAUUGCCAAUUUGUUGGCACAUACUUUUAUUACAGACUUAUGUGAAUCAGUGCCGGAAACCCUGAAUAUCUAUUGGUAUUAGUACGCCGUAAUUUUAUACAGCGAAAAAAAUGUAUGGCCAUACAAUUACAAUGAAUACAUGUAUUUAUGACUGGCUUUAGUCACAUAUAGUUGAAGAUGUUCCUAAAUAUGUUAAAAACUAACACGUUCCUACAGAUCUCUUGAAAGAUUUUGAAUGUAUCCUAGAUCUAAGGCAUAUAAAUAGUAUUUAAUGCACUCUAGAAUACAAAAUAUCAUAGGAAAAUGCAUACCUGAUUUUGUACUGUAUUAUUUACGUUUUAUAUUUUCCAUAUUCAAAAUACAUUGAUAUAAUACGA